CUGAAGACUGACCGGUGGUUUCUUCCUAGGAAGCUAUGAGGGACCCCGUGAGCAGCCAGUACAGCUCCUUCCUUUUCUGGAGGAUGCCCAUCCCAGAGCUGGAUCUGUCCGAGCUGGAGGGCCUGGGUCUGUCGGCGUCCACCUACCAGGUCAAGGAAAGCGCCGGCAAGAUGGGUGGGCCAGCAGCUGCGGCCCAGGAGAAGACCCCUGACGACGACACCCUCCUCGAGUACAGCACCUUCAACUUCUGGAGAGCGCCCAUCGCCAGCGUCUGCGCCUUCGACCUGGACCUGCUGUGAUGCCGAGGGCUGGCCCACCGCCUGGCCCUCAGUCUCCGCCCAGGCCCCUCCUCGCCACCCUUUCCCCACUUUCCGAGCCCUGCCCUCUGCUGUGUUGAGGUGGUGCUGAUGAGCCGGCCAGCGUCGUGUGUAUUUAUGUAUUUAUUUAUUUAUGUAUGUAUUUAUUUAUUUACCCAUCUCCCUAGUUUCUCAAAAAGGCCCACAUGUCAGAGGGGCCCAGCCAUGGGGGUUGGGCCCCAGGCCCCUAGAGGCUGGAGGCUCAGGGCGGCUCUGACAUCCCCUCGAUCGCCGGGGUGCCCUCCUAAGUUGCUGCCCCAUGCCGAGCACGAGUGUUUCCAACCAUGUAGACUUUAAUUUGGGGUUCUCUCCGAGGAGGCAGGGUUUCUAGAAGGCUACGGUGAUGGAGGCUUGCUGGUUUGAGCCAUUCCUUCUCGUAACACUUUUCCUCAGAGACUGAGAAAAACAAGGGGCAAGCACUUCCCGGGUGCGGGUGCAGAAAGGAGCUGUGCCCUGGGGUGGCCUCUUGGCUGCUCUCAGGGUGUCCGCCGGGCGCGAAGCCAGGCACCGGCUUCCCGACAGGAAGACCAGCCCUGCCCACUGUGCACGAUCGGUCAGCUCCACUCCGAAGGGUCCCUCUGCCGUGUCCAGCCGCGCGGUCUCAGCCAGCCCAGUCAGGAUGGACACUCCUGACCCUCCCCCCCAUGUUGCCGCCGCUGACUCGUUUAAUAAACACGUUCAACCCCA